AUGGAACUCAAAGGAGCUUUUUCUUAUUUGAUUCAAAUCCUUUCAAAUUAUAUUUUAGAUAAAUCAAUUCUACUCAAAUUAGCUGAACUCAGAUUCUUAUUAGAUGAUAAAAAUACCAAAGAAUUAGAAAUCAAAAAGUUCAUUGUCUCUAUUGGCUAGAUUUCAUUACUAUCAUCAUAUUAAAAUGAUUAACUUAAGAAUUAAGUUCAAUUAAUCAAAUUAUCUAAAUAAAAGUACCUUUCAAAAUAGUAAUCAAAGUUUUUAUCUACAAUCAAUAUUCUUAAACCACUUAAUUAGAAUUAAUCUCCUAUUAACUCUAACAUCUAAAGAUAAACAAAUACAAAUAGGUCUUUGUCUAGUAAUUCAAAUGAUACUCAUUAAUUAAAUGAUAGAUUUAUUACAUAAAUUACUGAUCGUGUAAGAAACUAAAAAAUAUAAAAUAAUAUCCCAAAUGUCUUUAUUUAGACUUCCGAAGAAUCUUUUAGUAAUUAUUCUCCAAUUUAAAGCCCAUUUAACAUUUACAAUUCAUUCUCUAAUUUCAGUUCUUUAAAAACUAAUUAAUCAUAAUCGAAAAAAAGAUCAAUCUAAUUCAUCAAAACAAGUAUUAUUGAUAAGUUGCAAUAUACUAUUUAAGAAUUCAAUAACAAUACAAUAGAAAUUCUAUCUUCAACUUUUAAUAAUCAACAAGAAGCUAAAGAUAAAAUUUAUAGGAAACUCAUUAAUCCUUUAUUCAAAAGUUAUAGAAAAACUUCAGUGGAUGCAAUUAUUUUAUUUUGA